CACGGGGACGCUGGGGCUGGAAACCGAGAGCCACUGGACUCUGUAAAACCACCAGGCUCAGCACAGGCAGGAGCAGCGAUGAGCUCAAGGCGGGUGGUGGUGGAUGCGCCCACCGGCGCCAGCAUGUCCCUCCAGAGGCACAGGGUGUCCUUCAGGGGAAUGCGGUCGUCGUCUUCCCUGGAUAGCCCCCCAGCCUCCAGGACCAGUGCCACAGGUGGCCUUGUCCGAGCCCCCAGGGUCUAUGUAGGAAUGGCACCCAGUGGGCACACAGGCGGCCUGGUUGCCCGGGUGACUCGCCGCGCCCUGGGCAUCAGCAGCGUCUUUCUGCAGGGGCUGCAGAGCUCAGGCCUGGCUGUGGCGCCCGCUCCGAGCCUGGAGAGGGACCUCGGUGCCGUUGAGGACCUGGGGGGCUGCCUGGUGGAGUACAUGGCCAAGGUGCAUGCCCUUGAGCAAGCAAUCCAGGACCUGGAGGCACAGCUGCGGAUGCACCUAGAGAGCAAGGCCGGGCGCCGUGAGAACUGGGGUGCCCUCAGGGCCUCCUGGGCCAGCAGCUGCCAGCAGGUUGGCGAGGCAGUCUUGGAAAACGCCCGGCUCAUGCUGCAGACAGAGAGUAUCCAGGCGGGCGCGGAUGACUUUAAAGAAAGAUAUGAAAAUGAGCAACCAUUUCGAAAGGCAGCGGAAGAGGAAAUUAAUGCUCUGUAUAAAGUCAUCGAUGAAGCUAAUUGGACAAAAAGGGAUCUGGAAAGUCAAAUAGAAAGCCUGAAAGAAGAACUUGGCUUUCUGUCAAGGAGCUAUGAAGAGGAUGUGAAAGCGCUGUAUAAGCAGCUGGCAGUAUCUGAGCUGGAACAAGUGGGUGUCCCCAUGGGCACUGGCCUAGACGACAUCCUCGAGACAAUCAGAAUUCACUGGGAGAGAGAUGUCGAAAAGAACCGGAUGGAAGCAGGGGCCUCGCUCCAAGCCAAGCAGCAGACAGAGGUGGCCUGCCUGGCGCAGACCCAGGAGGAGAAGCUGGCUGCCGCCCUCAGGGCGGAGGUGCACAACGCUUCGUGCCAAGUGCAGAGCCUCCAGGCUGAGACGGAAUCCUUGCGCGCCCUGAAACGAGGCCUGGAGAACACCUUGCACGAUGCCAAGCACUGGCAUGACCUGGAGCUACAGAACCUGGGUACCAUAGUCAGCAGGCUGGAGGCGGAGCUCCGGGAGGUGCGCGAGGAGGCGGAGCAGCAGCAGCGGGCCCGUGAGCAUCUGCUGGCUCACAGGUGCCAGCUGCAGAGGGACCUGGCGUCCUACCAUGCUCUGCUGGACCGGGAGGAGAGCAAGCAAUGAAGAAACUUUCUCUUUUCGUGAAGGAAAUGCUGCCUUCCUCACCAUGAAGUUUCUUAAGGAUUUUCUUCCUACUCCCGACCCAUCCCCCAAAACCCCCCAUCCAUCCCCCACCUACCCCAAGCUAGAUUACCUGCGAGAUUUCUGGGUUGGUUCAGCUUGAGCUGAAAAGCUUCCUGGAAGUGGAGAGAGAGGGUCCUUCUGCCUUAAAUUUAAGUAGUCUGUAGCUUAGCAACCUCCCUGUCUCUCUCCAAAUAAAUGUUUUGUGUGCAGCUUCCA